CAGAUGGCAGAUGUGCACGCAGAGGUUUCAACAUGGCGCGUACUACGCGGAACACCUCGUUUGCCUCGUUUCUCUUUUCAAGCACUUCAGUUAUUUAAUUCAGCUAUGUUUAGUGUAGCUAUUAUUCUGACGUAGUGCUAUUGGUGUUAUUCUCAGCUAUGUGUUCAAAAGUUCUUGUCCAGGCCAAGAGGCUCGGCAGAAUGGGUUUUUCGAAAGCGUACAACAUCCAGCAAGCUGCUGCCAGUCGGCUGUAUGAAGAAAUUUCAGCAAAUCCAGUCGUUAUCGACGGCAACACACUUAUCACGGUUGAGCACGACCCUGUAUACACCGUUGGCAUCCGAUCAAAGGAAUACACAGCUGAACAGGAGAGCGUUCUGAGACAACUUGGUGCGGAGUUUGUACGGACGAAUCGUGGAGGUCUUAUCACAUUUCACGGUCCUGGCCAACUAGUCGCUUAUCCAAUUUUGUACCUCGGGUCGUUUAAUAAGAGUAAAAGUAUGCGCUGGUAUGUGUGCACGUUAGAAAAGACGAUUAUUGACUUUUGUUCUCACUUUGGCUUGGAUGCAAGGACAACGGAACACACUGGAGUUUGGAUUGGAGAUAACAAGGUCGCGGCAAUAGGGAUCCACGGUAGUCGCUUUGUUACAACUCACGGUAUUGCCAUCAACUGCAACACUGAUCUGGCAUGGUUCGAUCACAUCAUCCCAUGCGGUAUCAAGGGCAAAGGUGUCACGUCAUUGAGCAGAGAGUUAGGCCGGGAUGUCUCUAUAGACGAUGCACAUGAAGUGUUCCUGGAUGCCUUCAGAAAGCAUUUUAACUGUGAAACCAGCUUAGUGUGUAGCUAAAUAAAUUAAGUUACGUCGGGAAUACAUCUAUAAAAUAUGCAGGGUGUCUGAUGACAAAGGUGUCCUUUUAAUUCUUAAAAACGACACGAAAGGUCAAGACCUUCCGUGUGGCACUCUCAAAUGUUUUUGCUACACACUAUUGUGGGCUUCAUUUAUGUCAUGAAUUCAUUAAUUAAUUUUGCCAAUGGGGCUCGAAAAUCCUGGGAUUUUCGUUGGAAUACUGCGUUGUGGCCAUAGACUUCUUAAGUGACAAAAAAAAAUGCUAGCUUAUAUUGGCUAAUUUUCGAGUUAAAUUAACAAAAUUAGCUUAACAAAUGCUUGACACAAAUGAAGCCCACCAUUGUGUGUGGCAUUUAUGAGCGUCACCCAGGAAGCUCUUGAGUCUUCACGUCACGCGGCCUACUUUUAUGAAUUAAAUGACAUCCUGUCGCCAAACACCCUGUACAAAUAAACAAAGUUGAAGAGGGCAAGCUAACUGCCGUCACUGUGCUUCCUCAAACUGAAUAAAAUACAUCACUGUUACCUU